GGUGUCUUUUCCAGUCGGAGGGAGUGGGCGGGACCUCAGUGGCCUGGGCCCUUCCCCUACUCUGGGUCACCUUGGAGCUCCACACCUCCUCACCUGGGCCCCGCACCCCAAAGGUCAAGCCCCUCCCCCACCCUAAAUCCCGCUUAGGACAAAUCCGAGUCCCGGAGUCCAGGCCCCCACCCUGGAAGCUGGGAAGAGGGCCUUGUUUUCUGUUGGCCCCAAACACAGGGCCUGCCACCCGCCCUCGGGGCCAGCCAGGUGGGGCGAGAUUCAGGAAGUAAACAAGGCUAGGAGGGUAGGAAGGAGGGUGGGGCUGGGUGGCUAGGGCCGGAGAGGCAGAGCCCGCGAAUCCAGGUUGGAGUGGCGCUGCUGGGGGGCAGGUUGCUGGGUGGCCGCUGACUUCAGCCUGCAGCCACUUCCUCCCCUCUUCCCGGGCUCCCCACUGGUGGUCUCUGGCCGGCCCUGCCCCCAUCCCUCCCUGAAAGGAGAGGAGCGGGAGAUCAAUGUGGGUGUGUCCCCCCUUUCCGUAAGGACCUGAGCCCCCACCAGUCCCAGCUGUGGGUGGGGCCCUUUUGCCCCUUUGUCUGUCUGUCUGUCUGCUUCUUUGGGUGUUUGACUUUCCAGUCCUGCUCUGCUGGUCCCUCUGGCCAGAACACCCGGAGAGGAACUUCAUCCCUGGGGAGACAGACCUGAACAAGUCCUGGGCAGCCAGCACUGGCAGCAGCAGAAACAGCCCGCUGGGGCCCUGACCCGGGAUAUCAUGGAGCCGGACCUGUCUCCCCCGAGUCCCAGCAGCCCCCUAGAAGACCUGUGCCCAGCCCCCAGGACCCUGCCUGGGACCCCCCCGCCCCCUGAAGCCCCUGUGCUCGGGGAGGUGAUGCGGUCCCAGCCUGUGCCCAUCCCAGCCAGCAGGAAGCUUCCCGAGGAGGAGCGCCAGGCCACCUCGCUGCCCUCCAUCCCUAACCCUUUCCCUGAGCUCUGCAGCCCCACCUCGCACAGCCCCAUCCUCGGGGGGCCCUCCACUGCCAGGGGGCUGCUACCCCGAGACACCAGCCGCCCCCACGUGGUGAAGGUGUACAGCGAGGACGGGACCUGCCGCUCCGUGGAGGUGGCCGCUGGUGCCACAGCGCACCAUGUGUGCGAGAUGCUGGUCCAGCGCACCCAGGCCCUGAGUGAUGAGAACUGGGGGCUGGUGGAGUGCCACCCCCUCCUGGCCCUGGAGCGCGGCCUGGAGGACCAUGAGUUGCUGGUGGACGUGCAGGCCACCUGGCCAGUGGGCGGGGACAGCCGCUUCGUCUUCCGGAAGAACUUUGCCAAGUACGAGCUGUUCAAGAGCUCCCCGCACACCCUGUUCCCAGAAAAGAUGGUCUCCAGCUGCCUCGACGCGCACGCCGGCAUGUCCCAUGAAGACCUCAUACAGAACUUCCUGAACGCGGGCAGCUUCCCUGAGAUCCAGGGUUUCCUGCAUCUGCGAGGCUCAGGCCGCAAGCUUUGGAAACGCUGCUUCUGCUUCCUGCGAAGGUCUGGCCUCUACUUCUCCACCAAGGGCACCUCGAAGGACCCGAGGCACCUGCAGUACGUGGCAGAUGUGAACGAGUCCAAUGUGUACAUGGUGACGCGGGGCCGCAAGCUGUACGGGCUGCCCACGGACUUCGGCUUCUGUGUCAAGCCCAACAAGCUCCGGAGCGGCCACAAGGGCCUCCGCAUCUUCUGCAGCGACGAUGAGCAGAGCCGCACCUGCUGGCUGGCCGCCUUCCGCCUCUUCAAGUACGGGGUGCAGCUGUACAAGAAUUACCAGCAGGCCCAGUCUCGCCACCUACGCCCAUCCUACUUGGGGUCCCAGCCCUUGAGGAGCGUCUCUGACAACACCCUGGUGGCCAUGGACUUCUCAGGCCAAGCCGGCCGCGUCAUCGAGAACCCCCGGGAGGCUCUGAGUGCUGCCCUGGAGGAGGCCCAGGCCUGGAGGAGAAAGACAAACCAUCGCCUCAGCCUGCCCACCCUGUGCUCGGGUGCCAGCCUCAGUGUAGCCAUCCACCGCACCCAGCCCUGGUUCCACGGACGCAUUUCCAGAGAGGAGAGCCAGCGGCUCAUCGGGCAGCAGGGCCUGGUGGACGGCCUGUUCCUGGUCCGGGAGAGUCAGCGGAACCCACAAGGCUUUGUCCUGUCCUUGUGCCACCUGCAGAAGGUCAAGCACUACCUCAUCCUGCCGAGUGAGGCCGAGGGCUGUCUGUACUUCAGCAUGGACGAUGGCCAGACGCGCUUCACGGACCUGCUGCAGCUCGUGGAGUUUCACCAGCUGAACCGCGGCAUCCUGCCCUGCCUGCUGCGCCACUGCUGCACCCGAGUGGCCCUCUGAUGACCACACGAGCCGUCCUGGCCAGUGCCAGGAUCCCCAGCACCGCCCCGGAAUGGACUGGGGUGCAGAAGGCGGGGUGGGUGAGGAAUGACGGCGGGCCCCCCUCCAGUUUCCUCCUGUGCCACUUCACCUGCCUGCCUGCAGAAAGCACCCCCUUCAAGGAAGGCCUGAGCAUCCCUGUCCCCUCUGAGGCAUCCCAGGGCAGUGGCUUGCGCUGGGGCAGGCCUGGUGUUCCAGGCCCCCUACCCUGUACAGACUGAGAGGCCAGUGGUCUGCUGUUUUAUACUUGUGACAAUAAAGAUUAUUUUUUGAUAUA